CUUGGAGGUUAUCCGGUGCAACAGACUUUGCUUGUAUAAUAUUUCUAUCUUCUGAUAUAUUCUGAGGAGAAUGUAUCAUGGAUCCUUUUUCUUUUGCAAGCUCUGAGGCCUUAGAGCUACCUCUUAAUGUGAAGAUUGUGCGCCUCGAAGGAGAACAGACCCAGAUCCCAUUUUCGACUUUAAUAAAGAGACCCGACCUGCGACAUAUAGGAUCAAAUAUCAGCCCUCAUUCAGACCUCUACUUGACUGUGCAGCUAUGGGCCGACUCGAAGCCUCUUACAGUCCCAGUGCGAACUCCAUAUAAGCCGUUCAAGAAUGAGAGGAAAUGGGGGAACUGGUUGACACUGCCUGUUACAUUCAAUACGCUUCCCUUGACGGCGCAACUCGCGAUUACUGUCUGGGACGUUUCUCCCGCCGGUGGGGAUGGAGCUCAAGGACACUCGAUACCCUUCGGCGGAACCACAUUUCCUCUUUUCGAUAAGGAAAAUACAUUGCAGAAAGGUCGACAGCUAUGCCACUUGCACCGGCGCAAAGCCGCCGACGGGUUGGCCGGGACAUCCACUCCAUCGUCAUUGCCGACGCGCCGGAGCGAAAAGAAUGGAAAGUCGGAGAACGGACUGGUGGAUAAGGAGCAGGAAGAAGCUGAGAGGUUAGAAAAGCUGCUGAAGAAGCAUGAGAUGGGAGAAAUUCCUCGGGUGGAGUGGCUUGAUCAACUGGUUUUCCGCAACAUCGAAAAACAAAACAUUCUCUCGUCAAGCCCGUCAGCCAGGUCGCUGCAGAACAGACGUUCGAAAACGGACGGCGACAUCACCACGCUCGACGGGGAGGUUGAAGCUGAUAUUGAGAACGAGGUAUUCACGUUGCAUAUUGAGCUACCACGCUUCGAUUUCCCAGUCGUAUUUUCUGACCACGAGUACCCGCCUCCACCUAUAUCUUCGAUGCAGCACUUGUCCUCAUCGCAAAACAACAUUCUUAAGCCACCACCAGUAGUUUAUUUUGGACCAGGUGUCGAUGGGAAAGGCGAGGAUGGGUCGUUUGGAGGACGCCUUGUGCGUAUAUAUGACCCCGAGGUAGGCUCCCGAGACAACCCCGCCGAAACCAAGCAUCGUCGACUCGUGCGUGGCCACAGAACAGGGGCAAUGGACCGUGACCUAAGGCCGAACGCGAGAUUCCGUGACGAGUUGAAUCAGAUUGUUGGAUCACCUCCGACCCAUGCACUAUCGCCAGAUGAGAAGGAUUUGAUUUGGAAGUUCAGACAUCAUCUUACGAAAGAUAAGAGGGCAUUGACCAAAUUUGUUAAAUCGGUCAACUGGCAAGAUAAUAGCGAGGCUAGGCAAGCUGUUCAGCUCCUCUCGAAAUGGACUGAGAUCGAUGUCGACGAUGCUCUUGAGCUCCUGGGUCCAAGCUUCGAUAAUUCAGAUGUGAGAGCAUACGCAGUUGACCGUCUACGAAAAUCCGACGACGAUGAACUGUUGCUCUACCUACUUCAACUAGUCCAGGCCCUCAAGUUUGAACAUAAAACACCAAAUUCAUCAGAUGAGCCUAAAGCAGACUCUUCUCUCGCCCAAUUCCUCAUUGCACGAGCCGCGAAGAGCUUCAUGCUCGGUAACUACUUCCAUUGGUAUCUCAUGGUCGAAUGCGAUGACAAGAGCCCUGGACAGCCCCCACAAUACCGCAAGCUCUUUGCAAAGGUCGAAUAUGACUUCAUGAUAGAACUAGAGAAGACACCCACCGGCAAGGAAACCCGAAAGGUACUCCUCCGGCAAGCCGAGUUCGUCGCCGUCAUAUCCAAGAUCUCGCUCGAGAUAAGCGCCAAAGGAGGUCCAACUAUAGCCAAAAAGGCGGAGCGAGCCAAACAAUUCCUCAUGGAUCCGAAGAACGAGCUGAUCAAUAUCGACCCCCCUCUACCUCUCCCACUCGACCCAUCCAUCCUAAUAAGCGGCGUCUACCCCGAAGAAACAGCCGUCUUCAAAUCCUCUCUCUCCCCCCUAAAAAUGGCCUUCCGCACCUCCUCCGGGCGCCACUACCCCAUCAUCUUCAAGACCGGCGACGACCUCCGCCAAGACCAGCUCGUCAUCCAAAUCAUCACCUUAAUGGACCAGCUCCUCCGCAAAGAGAACCUCGAUCUCAAGCUCUCCCCCUACAAGAUCCUCGCCACUGGCGCCACCGCCGGCGCCGUGCAAUUCGUCCCCUCCUCCUCCCUCGCCGCCAUCUCCACCAAACACCGCAGCAGCGGCCAACCCCCCAUCCUCACCUACCUACGCACCCACAACCCCGACGCCACUGCCCCCCUCGGCGUCCGGAAGGAGGCAAUGGACACCUACGUCAAGUCGUGCGCGGGAUACUGCGUAAUCACCUACCUCCUCGGCGUCGGCGACCGACACCUCGAUAACCUCCUCCUCGCUCCCUCGGGGCACUUCUUCCACGCCGACUUCGGGUACAUCCUCGGGCGCGACCCGAAGCCGUUUGCGCCGCUGAUGAAGCUGGGCUCGGAGAUGGCGGAUGGGAUGGGGGGACAGCAGGACGAGAAUUGGGCGAGGUUCAAGGAGUACGCGUUCACGGCUUAUGCGGCGCUGAGGAAGCAGAGCGGGCUGGUGCUAAAUCUAUUUGGGCUGAUGGUGGAUGCGAAUAUUCCUGAUAUCCGCGCGGAGCCGGAGAGGGUGGUGGAGAAGGUUAUGGAGCGGUUUAUGUUGGAGAUGAGUGAGGAGGAGGCGAUUAGGGGGUUUGAACGCAUUAUUGAGGAUAGUGUGGGGGCGAUUUUUCCGGUGGUUAUUGAUCGUUUGCAUGGGAUUGUGCAGCAUUUCCGGACGUAGGGGAUGGGUAUGGGGGUUGGCAGUAUGGUGUAUUGGUGUUUGAUGUGGUAGGCGAUCGCAGACAGCAUUUAUAGAGCAAAACAGAUGUUAUAUUGUACUGCACUAAUAAUAUUGACGAC